ACAGAGUGUUGGACUACUACUGGCAGAGAGGUGGAAAUGCCUCCACAACAAGUACUGUACUGGCAAUGCUCGGGGAGAGGUCAGAGUUCAUGGGAGCCAUGGCAACAGAUUUAGAAAGCGAUUUUCUUAGGGAGAAUUUGAAACGUUAUGGAGUAAGAUUUGAUAAUGCAAUGGUGUGUGAACCUGAAAGUCGUACCCCUGUUUCCAUGGUGAUUAUCAACCAAUCGAAUGGAUCCAGGACUAUUCUGCACUGUGCCAAUAAUUUACCUGAGGUUACUUUUAGUCAUUUCCAAACCUUAGAUCUGUCGCAGUAUAAAUGGAUUCACAUUGAGGCGAGACCAGCAGUACAGGCCUACGAUCAAAUAAUGCUUAGAGUGGUGCAAUACAAUGAGACAGCCGUCGACAAGAUCAAAGUGUCACUGGAACUGGAGAAACCUGCACGUCCAGAGCUAGACACUCUCAUACGUUAUGCAGAUGUCGUUUUCAUCUCUAAGGAGAAAGCUGCUGAAGACCGUUUGUGUUCUAAAGAGGAUGCUGUGCGCGCCUAUAUAAAAAAAUGUAAAGCUGGAGCCGUGGUGGUCUGUGCCUGGGGUGACGAGGGAGCGGCCGCCCUAACUGGAGACGGCCUCCUAUGUACCAGUCCUGUGUUUCCCCCGGACACACUGGUGGACACUCUGGGCGCCGGGGAUACCUUCAAUGCUGCUACUGUGUUUGCUCUGUGUCAAGGUCAGAGUGUGCAGGAGGCCAUUAGCCUGGGAUGUAAAGUGGCCGGGACUAAAUGUGGGAUGAAGGGCAACAAUGGACUGAGGGAUAUUAUAUGGUAGUGGAUCUGGUUUGUAUGUGUGGUCUAGGUUUGAAUAUCAUAAAGUGUAAUUAUCUAUAAUUUAUUAUAAAAACUGAUCAGGAUCUGACGAAGAAAGUUUUCUAACUAGACUUUACUGGAGAUAUUCCAAACCGUUUCACAUCGAAGUGAGCUUAGACACUUAGAAAAGAAACAACAGUUUAAGCAGAUUCAGUAACCGGGGGGAAAGAGCAACAGUGAGCGUUCGAACAAUUGAAGGCUUACCAACAUCACCACCUGUUCUGGGAUAUGCAGACUGUUUACUUCCCUUUGAAGUACACACAGAUGCCAGUGCCAAGGGACCAUUUCAUAUCAGGAACAGAAGGGAAAGAAGAAGGUCAUUAGCUAUGCUAGCAGAGGGUUAAACAAGGCUGAACGGAAGUACCCGGCUCAUAAAUUAGAGUUCCUGGCAAUGAAGUGGGCAAGCAAUAACAGAAACGUUCACAGAUUACCUUUACGGAAAUCGCUUCACUGUUGUUACUGACAACAAUCCAAUUACUUAUAUGUCCUUACGACAGCGAAACUGGAUGUCACAGGACACCGUUGGCUAGCCGCGCUGUCAUCAGCAUGUCCUGUAAUCGUCACACUGUAAAGUCUCCUCCUGUAAUC